GAAGUCCAAACACAGUCACAUGAGUGACGCCCUGUCACAUGAUGUUUUCCAGACGUUGCCGUUCUUGGAGAGCUAAUUUCAAAGGCUGUAGAAUCAGACAMUGACGAACUACAUGGAGACASAGGGGAGGGCAGAUGAGGGUUCCUCGUCUCAGCGUGACKCUCCUCAGAACACUGGCAGCUACGGACUCUCGGCCUACAGAGGACUCCCAGCCUGCAGAGAAAUCAGUCCCUAUUGAAGAGCCCAUUGUAGUGGACAGAAAGGCCAUAGAGAAACUGACAGAAGGCCUUCUCUCUCACUACCUGCCUGACCUCUACAGCUCCAAACAGGCUCUGUUGGAACUCAAUCAAAACCAAGUCAUCCUGCUGGACACACUGGACCAAGAAGUCACCAAAUUCAGAGAUUGCAACUCCCUAUUGGAUCUAAACUCACUGUUCACAGAGGCCAAGUUUUAUCACGGUAAACUGGUGAACAUACGUAAAGACAUGAUCAUGCUGCACGAGAAGACAACUAAACUAAAGAAAAGAGCAUUGAAGCUCCAGCAGCAGAGWCAGAAGGAGGCUAUGGAGAAAGAACAGCAGAGACAGAAGGAGCUGGAGAGAGAGAGGCAGCUGAUUGCCAAACCUGCCAAGAGAACAUAGAACCAUCCUUGAACUCUGUCCUAACUCUGUCACUGCCAACUAUACUAUAGAGCCAAAGACGAGGGAUGCGCCACACAUGUCGAGGGCUCCGAUCCUGACCCCAUCUCUGGUUGUUGAACGAACAGUAGACCAACUCUAUUCCUCAAGAUGACACUGUUCAUCCAUGGUUGUUGUCAGAAAGUCAGACAUGAUUUGGUCUCUUGUAUGCAGAGGUGUUAGGACAAGUACUGCUUGUAUGUAGUUUUAUAUUCAUAGSUGUCAAGAUGAUUACUGCUCCUUGUUAGUUUUUGUGGCCAAUCAUGCUGUUUAGAUCAGAAACAGCACACGCCAGCAGUGAUUAUUCCUCACUUCAUCCUAAAUGUCUGUAAUAAUAGAGAUUUCCMAGGUGAAUAAAAGAGAGGAGCAGAUGAAGUCAAUCAAAAUCAAUCUGGUUUAAUACAAGUUGUAACAGAGAGACUCCUCCAGCACAGAGUGUGUUUUGAGUAAGUUUGAGGGGUGAAUGCAGCAUAUGGGGAUGUGAAACUUCCUCCUCAGCAUGAAGUGUCCCCACUAAGACGCUUCAGAACGGRGGUCACCUGUGCUAGGAAAGCAGAUAUCCUGGGGUUCCAGCUGAAUUAGGAGGAAGCAGUACUUGCUAAGGAAGCAGUGAUCCUUUACAUAAACAGGCCCUUAUUUUCUAAUGUCACAGCACCAAUGUUCUGUAAACACCAGCCGAGAAGCUUGUAGGAAGUCACAYCAUCAGCUGCUACAGAAUCACAGUGUCGCAGAAUACAAUAACAAUCAGUGUCCUCCAGUCUGGCGUCCACCACUAUCAACAGAUAUGAGAACAAUCCAGAACAUUCAGCAUCAAGUCUAGUGACCAUCAACCCGUACACAAAUGAGUGUCCUAAAUAGAACACUGGAAAUCAUGUGUAUUACACAAAAGGAAAACAUCUAUAUUAAGCAUUGUAUUAAUUGCUAACUAGCAUUAGCGCGAUAACUGUAAGCCUGACUGARUUACAGUCAUUGCGCUAACGCUAGUUAGCAUUGGUUCGCUAAAGUACCUCUAUCUUCAUACUGGACAAGUUCAUCUGACUCUGGGGAAGUAGAUAAAGGGCCUCGCUGCCAAACUCCCAAAGUAUCCCUUUAAGUGAAUAUGCUGAAUAUGAGCUUUGUGCAUCUUAAAUUACAGUCCUCUGUUUAAGUCAUUCGACAUACCCACCAAAAGUGGCAUGCAAAUGACCAAAUAUCUCAAUGCAUUUUCAAAUGUAACAUUACUACAUAUUCCAAAGUGUGAAGAUGUCCACAAUUAACCUGCCAUUCCAAAUAAACAAUUGUUGCAAUCCCAAAUCAA